UCGUGGCGGAAAUGGCGGGGGCGGUGCUAUGGCAAAGGAUUCCGCCGGGAGAGGUCCUCGAGGCGAGUGUGUCCCCGCGCGGCGGCUCUCCGACUCGGCUUCCGAGGCCGGGGCCGGGCUGAGGGUUGAGUGCGUCCGGCCCUACCCGUCCAGCGUCCAGUGCUGCCUGGGGCUUGAACCCAGCCUGAGAAACCACACCUGAAAAACCCUGCCUCUGCAGUAUCAGCUUGGAUUCCUCAGGUUAUUCAGGGAUGGAUUAUCUUCAGCAGUGUUAAAUAUAUUACCAUCAAUUUAGGAAAUGGCUUCUUUGCAAAGGAAAGGGCUGCAGGCAAGGAUUCUCAGCUCUGAAGAAGAGGAGAAACUGAAAAGAGAUCAAGCUUUGGUGUCUGAUUUUAAGCAGCAAAAACUGGAAAAAGAGGCUCAGAAGAACUGGGACCUUUUUUACAAAAGAAAUAGUACUAACUUCUUCAAAGAUAGACACUGGACCACCAGAGAAUUUGAAGAGCUCAGAUCAUGUAGAGAGUUUGAAGAUCAAAAAUUGACUAUACUUGAAGCUGGCUGCGGUGUCGGGAACUGUUUAUUCCCACUGUUAGAAGAUCUGAAUAUCUUUGCCUACGCCUGUGAUUUUUCUCCAAGAGCAGUUGAAUAUGUCAAGCAAAAUCCUUUAUAUGACACAGAAAGAUGCAAGGUGUUCCAGUGUGAUCUCACCAAAGAUGACCUUCUGGAACAUGUGCCCCCAGAGUCUGUGGAUGUUGUCAUGUUGGUGUUUGUACUCUCUGCCGUUCACCCUGAUAAGAUGCACCUUGUCUUACAAAAUAUUUACCAGGUAUUGAAACCAGGCAAAAGCGUCUUGUUUCGUGACUAUGGGCUGUAUGAUCAUGCCAUGCUUAGGUUUAAAGCUGGCAGCAAACUUGGAGAAAAUUUUUACGCUAGACAAGAUGGAACCAGAUCAUAUUUUUUUACUGAUGAAUUCCUGGCUCGGCUCUUUGCGGACACAGGUUAUGAAGAAGUGGUGAAUGAGUAUGUGUUUCGUGAGACGGUGAACAAAAAAGAAGGCCUGUGUGUGCCAAGAGUUUUCCUUCAAAGCAAAUUCCGAAAGUGUCCUAAGAACCCAACUCUGAGUCACAAGUCCUGACCUUUCACGAGGUUGACAUUUGUGCCUCCCCUCGAAGAGGGAAGUUUAAAGUCACUCUUUAUUUUGGAUAUUUUUAUAUUUUUUUAUAAUGAGGACGUGUAAUUUUUAUAUUAAAAAGUAGCAAGUGUCUGUGUGUGUAUUAUGGAAAUGCAAAUAAAAUUGCAAGGCCUGAAAAGUGAAGUUUUACGGUAUAAUGUAAUGUAGCCAUGCUGUCUGACUAAAAUUCCACGAAGGGGAAAGCAUAAGCACUAAAAGAGAUCCUUGCCAUCGGUAAAUGUGCCAUGACUCAGUAAAUGUACCUCCAGGCAGCGUGUCAGGCAAUCCUGUGGGAAAAUGAGGCCAAAUAGACUAAAAUAACACAUCCAAAUGUAUUUUUAGCCUGAAGGAUUGUUCUCUUUCUAGUGUCUCUCACUUGCCCAUUUCUCUCUGCUUCCGUUCAUUUAUGUGCCUCUUCAAGACCAGUGUUUCACAAAUACAUCUUUUGCUAUGACUCAAGAGCCCACCAUGGCGCCCUGCCUAAUUCCUGAGACCCUCUCUAACUGAGCCAGGACCUGGCCACACUGCCUCAGUGUGUGGAGAGAGGGGAACGCCAUCACCUGUCCCAUCUACCCGAGGCAGUUUCUCCAGGAAUGCAGUGGAUGGACCAUCCCCAUCAAGGACAGUCCGGCCCCAUAAAGGAAGGGCCGCAGAGUUUUCACUUGGAAAAUUUAAGGUUGGCGUAAUGACAUACUACACACCUUGGACAUUGACGUUGCGCAAGGUAACCUCUCAGUGACCCACUUUAAAAUACGUUUGUUGUAAAGUCUACUUAAUGAUGUGACGUAGUCCAUCAGAGUUUUAGCCUUGAGCCAAUGGAUUGGAUUAAGAAACAAAAAUAAGGCUAAGCAUAAUAAAAACAAGGCUUCAGUCCCACUGCCUCUGUGUCCCCCUGUUGAUUCUCCCCAGGCAGACCUCUAUUAUUGCACCCCAGGUUAAGACAGUAGAGCAGCAGGGAUUUCCACGGGUUGGGUGCCCAGGGACCCAGGGAAGCAAAGCUACAGUUUAGUAGCAAAACUUGAACAUUUGUUAAAUCAUAGACUACAAAGAGUCCACCAAUGUUGCCUUGUCUUCACAGACAGCAGCUCCAGAAAGGCAGUGAGUACUAGUUAACAGUAUUAUAGAAAAUAGUUUAAGUACCAUAAUAUUAUAUAGUCAGGUAUAUAUAUUAUGUCUAGCAUACAUAUUAUACUAUACAAUAUAUAUCCUAUACCAUAUAGUACGAGGUAUCUCUUUUUGAGUUUUUGGUAUAUACUACAUACAGAAGUGCUAAUAAAGUUGUAUCACGUGAUUUGGAGUUUGGAAAACUGGGUUCAAGUGCAGGACUAUGCCCCCCACCAGUGACCAGCUUUUCAGAGCCUCAGCUUACCCAUCUCUUAAGGCUGAGCCCCUGUGACCUACAGGGUUGCUGCCGGUGCUAAAUGAGAUCAUUCACUUGGGAGUGCUUUGUUUACUAAAAAGUGCCAGCCACGUGCUAGUUAUUUCUAUUAGUUUGUAUUCCCCAUGAAAAUGAUCUCUCCCAUUAUUAAAUCCUAAUUCUUCUUCCAGAAGGCUGUCGUUUUUAAUCUUGGGGUCCUCAAAAGGGCCUGGGAUUUGGAUGUGCUGCCGCAAGGUGGUGCUAAAUACUCAAUAAUUGCAUUGGCCUUUGUUCUCAUUUUAAUCAUGGUUCUAGCAUGUCCAUUUUUAUUGUUGUUGAAAAGGAAGGAAAAUGCUUACAAAUGUGUUUUCUAGGUCAACUUAAUCUCGUAAGAUCAAUUUUGGCCUCGCUGUGGAAAUAAGAAGUAAGGAUUCUUUUAUCCAGCAUUCAAUCUACUUUACCUACUGAAGGGAGUUUGCUUUCAACUGAAUUUGGGCAACAUUUUAGGCAGUAGGCUCUGAACGUGUCUGCAAGGCCCCCACCCCUCUCUCAUCCCUGAAUGGUUCUGUGGAUUCAUUUUUACUGUUGCUAGGGAUUAAGGCAAAGCAAAAGAAGGGACUGCAGCCUGGAUACUUGUUUGCCUCACACUAUUAUUCAUAGUUAUCUUUGACAGCAUUUGGUUUCCUAUUUCACAGUAGUCAAGCAAGGAAGGGAAAAUUGUGAAAUAAAUCAUGUGCACCAAGAGAGUGAAACGGGAUCAUGUUUGCUGUUGGGGAGCCAAUAUUUAAUAUAAACUUAAAUAGCCUCUGCCUCUGAAACCAAAUAUUCCACUAAAAAUAAAAUUAGUUACUUUUCGCUUUUCUGCCCUCACAUGUGUGGCAUUUCAUUAGAUAGUAUUUGCUAAGUACCCACUGGAAACAGGGUACUGUGGGAUUGCUCUGGCUGGAGUACAGGGUUAGGGAGGGAGGACAGUGUGGGUAGGGAAGCAGCCCAACCAUAUCUUCACUAAGCCAAAGUGUGACAGCUAAGGAAAACAAGCACAAACACUCUGAACACCAGAGGAAAGAAAAAGAGGAAGAGAAGCAAUGGAAAACCUGAGGGUGGCAACUGUCACCACCACUUGGAAAGGAUAUUUCCACAGUUUUCAGUAGAGAUGUCAUAUGCCCUGGUGUGGGGCAUAGCCAUGGAGAUGAGAAUGUGAUUCAGAGCUCUUACGGUAACUUCCCAAGCACAUCUAGAAAAAUAUCAUGACUAGCAAAAUGAGAUCAUUCCUAGAGGAAAUACAACUUCUAACAAAAUGGUCAGCUCUAGUUAGAAACAGUUACUCAAUUGAGACUCUCUUCUUUACCUAUCAAAUGAAUAAAACUUAAAAAGUGGUAAUACUUAAUGCUGGUAAAAGGAUGGAGAGACCAAUUACGGAGAUACAAAAAGUAUGGCUUCUCUAAAACAGCACUGUCCACUAGAACUUUCUGAAAUGAUGGAAAUAAUCUCUGUCUGCAUUCUCCAAUAUGGUAACCACUAGCCACAAGUGAUUACUGAGGACUAAGGCUAGUUAGUGGCCAGUGCAACAGAGAAACCAAUUUUAAAAUUACAUAUAAAUACAACUGUAGUCACACGUGGCUAGUGGCUACAAUAUUGGACAAUGCAAGUCUAGAACACAAGCGUCGUGUAGUAAAUUUCAUAAAUCUAUACAUAAUCUUUGAUCCAGUAAUCCCAUGUUUGGGAAUCCAAUUUAAAGAAAAAUAGAAUAAUUAGGAAAUACUUAUACAAACAUUUUCAUGAAAAUGCUAUUUAGAGCAGUGUAAAGGUGACAACAGCUUAAAUAUCUAAAAAUAGGAGAUUGGUUAUAUAAAUUAUACCAUAAAUUAAAUAUUGUACAGUCAUUAAAACAAUAAUUAGAAAAUGCUCAUUCUAUAAUAUAAGCAGGAAUAUAAAAAUGUAGAGAAGAAUAGUUUCAAUUAUGUUUAAUAAUAAAUAUUAUAAAAGGAUACAUAGAUAUAUUUAAACAAAACACCUAGGAAGGAACCAAUUUAAAAUGGUUAAAGUAUUUAGUUCAUAGUUGUUCAAUUAUAGCUGAUACUUUUUCUUCUUUAUACAUCCCUGAAACUUUCAUGUUUUCUGUAAUGAGCAUAUACUGCUUUUGCAUUAAGGAAAAAAAAAUGUAAUCUACCAUCCUCAGAACUCCUUUCCAAAACUCACAAGUUAACUAAAAUCCUUGUGACAAAUCUGCUAGAAGUGCCAUUUCAACCUUUAAGAUUCUUACCACCAGAAGCUAGAGGACACCUCCCAAGAGAGAGAAUGGGUGUCUUAGGGUAUUCUUUUUGUUCCCAGGGCUCUGGAGUCAUGGUGAGGUGCCUCAGAUUGCAGGGUUUUCAUCUGUUGGAAUUUGGAGAUGCAGAUACCGCAGUUUGGGGAAAUUUACUCAAAUUAUUUAUUUAUAAUGACUCCUCGCCACUACCAACCCAUGCGCGCGCGCGCACACACACACACACACACACACACACACACACACGUUCUCUUUCUGGAACUCUUGUUAUUAAAACAUUGAACUUUCUGAACCAAUAUUAUAACUUUACAACCUGUUCUCUCUUCUCCCACCAUCUCUCUUAUUUCAUGUUUUGCUUUCUGGGAGAUUUGAUUCAGUCAGAAUCCUCCACUGAGUUGUUAAUUUUUGCUUUCAAAUUUUUAAAUUCCAAGAACACUUUUUUAUUCUUUCAAUGUUCAUUUUAAAAAGAACAACUUGGUCUUGCUUCAUAGAUGCAGUGUCUUCUCUCUCUCUAAGGCAUACAUUCUCCACGGGGGCACUACUGUCCCCCAAAGGCACAAAAAUUGGUUCUUUAGGGGUUGGCAAAAAAACCUAGAUAUUACAAUGAUUUGUAGCCCUUCAAAACUCAACCCUAUCUGACAAAAUCAUAUUCUUUAAUAUUUAAUUUCUCUCAUUAGGAAAAAUAAAAUUGAAUUCUAAUUUUUCUCCUUAGAGGUGUGAUUUAGGUUUUCAUCUCCCCGCAUAGUCUCCGUGAAUUGGUCUGGGCUCUCCAGAAAAAGAGAACCAAUUAUAGAGAGAUAGAUAGAAAUAGAGAUAUAUACAUACAGUAUAUAUCUUGAACAACACAGGGGUUAGGGGAACCAAUCCCUUCUGCAGUCAAAAAUCUACAGUAACUUUUGACUCCCCAAAGACCUAAGUACUAAUAACCUACGGAUGGCCUUACUGAUAAUGAACAGUCGAUUGACACAUAUUUUGUAUGUUCUAUACUAUUUUCCUAAAAUAUAUUCUA